CUACACGUUGGUCAUGCGCGGCAGGGGCGCAAUGUCAACGGUCCACGAGAACCUCUUGUAAGACCCUUUGCUGUCUGCGUCUCAAAUAAAAAGGCCAACUUGGACUGUCAUUCUUACAACCCAGAUUUUAUUAGCUUGCCAUCAAAGAAAAGCAUUUCCUCAAAACAGAGAGGACAGAUAUAGGAAGAAGAAAAACAACCACCCAUUUGAGCCAAAAUAGGAAAAAGCCCCAUUUGAAGGGAAAAAAAAAGGAACGCCCCCCAAUUGAGCCAAAGCGAAAAGAAGAAGAAGAAGAAGAAGAAGAAGAAGAAUCAGAAGGAGAAUUUGGGCAGAAAUGAAGCUGAUUUGGUCUCCUGAGAAUGCAACCAAGGCCUACAUCGACACCGUUCGAUCUUGUGAGGUUUUUCAUGAAUCUGGGGUUGCAGAGCUCAUUUCAGCCAUGGCUGCCGGGUGGAACGCAGAGUUCAUCGUUGAGACAUGGUCGCAAGGAGGGGUCACUGCAACAAGCAUCGGGCUUGAAAUCGCCAGCCGCCACACGUGCGGACGGCACGUGUGUGUAGUCCCAGAUGAGCAGUCAAGGUCAGAAUUUGUGGCAGCAAUGAAAGAGGCAGGGAUGGCUCCGGAGGUUCUUGUUGGGGAGCCAGAGGAGGUGAUGGCCGGGCUUGUGGGGAUAGAUUUUCUGGUGGUGGAUUCUAAGCGCAAAGACUUUGCUAGGGUUUUGAGGCAGGCAAGGCUGAGCCCUAGGGGCGCAGUUUUGGUGUGCAAAAAUGCUAAUUCAAGAAGUGCUUCUAGUUUCAGAUGGAGAAGUGUUGUUGAUUGUGGGUCAAGACGUGUGGUUAGGUCUGUGUUUUUGCCUGUAGGGAAGGGUCUGGAUAUGGCUCAUGUGUCUAGCAGUGGAGGGAAUUUAGGGUCAAGCAAGGGGGAGAAUAGAUGGGUUAAGCAUUUUGAUCAACAAUCUGGGGAAGAACAUGUUAUCAGAAAGUGAUUUGCUUGAAAUAACUUCUUUUUUUUUUAUUUUAAACCUUUACAUAGUUUGUCUGUGGACCCAACUGUGUACAUACAUAUUUGUCUCUUGGACCCAAUUGUUUUUCUUUUUCCUUUGUGUUUGGUUAAACUUGUAUGUAGUUGGAUUCUCAUGAAAAUGAAUUAGAUGUGCUCAUCAUUUAACAACCAAA